AUGGGGAGAAUGCUUGAUGGGAAUUUGAAAUGUUCCAACCGGAAAAUAGCUAACACGGGUGCACUUUGUUGUGUGGCCGCUGGGCCACAAGGGGCAAAAUCGCCAACUGAUGGAAGGGAAGCUCUGGAUCAUAAUGAGCCACAUUGGCGAAUAAAUUCUAGUUAUUCACCUCCUCCGCCGAGGAUAUGGAAUUGUCGGUUACAAGCAGAUGCUAUACCAAAUGGGGGAAAUGGAGUUCCUUUGCAUGGAUUAUCACUAUCCUCAAAUAGUAGAGGAAGCAGAAGCAGGGUGGGUAGUGAACGAUACUCAAACCAUCACCAUUCUGUGUCUGAUGGAGUUCUCUCUUACUCUGAAAGCCCGCCUGAAAAUGUUCAGGUGCCUCGGUGGACUUCACCAGUGCCCAAAUUCAAUAUGGGCGAGCUUGCUGCAUCCACAGUGGGAGGGUCUAGGUCCCGAAGCUCUUGGUUUCCUCACACAACAGAGAGGCGGUAUGCUUUCAGAGCAGCUGCAGCAUCCCCUAGUUUUGGAUCUCCUUCUUCACUUUCUGAGUCCAGCCAAUGGGAAUCAACUAGCAAGCAUCCUUUCUCUCUCCCUAACCGCAACUUCCCUGGUCGGCGAUCUUACAUGUCGAAACCUGUUUACCCACUAGUGUUUCGCAAUCCUGUGUCAGAUUGUGAUACAUUUGGUGAUGCAGAUAUUGGCAGUAUUGGCAGGUUGACACCCAGCGAAGAUCACCAGGGUCAAUUCUCACCAUCCGACUGGCCUGAUAACAGUUCAAGUGUGGAGCACAAGUUUCACAAAACCCUCACAGAACUUCAAAGGUUGGAAGCAUCACCGAACCCCAGUACAAGCUCUAGAAGAGAGGGUUUCAGGUGGAGCAGCGCUAGCAGUUAUGAUCUAGGUUUUGAUGGAGAAAAAUUUGAUAUUGUAGAUCAUAUUGAUGGGGAGAGCCUGAGGUCUCCUAUUGGCCCUGUAACAGACCAAAAGUGUGGUGUUUGUGGAAAACUUCUGUGGCAGAAGUCCCCUUGGAGUUCACAUCGGAUAAUGAGAGGUGGCGAUAUGCCAACUGCUGGCAUUCUACAUUGCAGCCAUGUAUUUCAUGCUGAAUGCUUGGAGCAAGUAACCCCUAAAAUCCAGAUUCAUGAUCCUCCUUGCCCCUUGUGCUUGAAAACAAUUGGAGCAAUGGAAGAAUCCUCAUCUGUAUCCGAACCAUUGCAGAUGGCCUUAAGAUCUAUCCGAAGAGGCAGAGGGGUUGCCAUAUCUGAGCCGCUGGGAAAUCAGCGCAAUUGUAACAGUGAAAACCCACAUCAGAUUGACACAGUAAAGAGAAGCUGGGCAGGGGUAGUACCUCGCUGGAGCAAUGGUGGUUCUUCCUUAAGGAAUCGUCUUAAAAGGCAUUUCAACUUUAAUGGAAAAGCGAGCAAAGAUAUCUUCGGUGCAAAGGUGUUGCAGAGGAUUGGAUCAUCGUCUUCUAGCAGAGAACGAGUUCGAGGCAGAUUAUCCAUCCAGUAACGCCUUAUUUGUAAUUCAUUUGCAAAUAGAUUAUAAAUGUUUUGUGCGUCUGCUCCUUUUCUUCACUUUUUUUAAAUGGGUCCUCUUUUUAGGGAGGCAGAUGUAAACGAGGACCUUUCUCUGUAUAAUGGCAUGGUUGAUCAGUAUAAUCUGCUUUCAGAAGUUUUGAAUUUUCA